GCAGCCCUUGCUCUCCUUCCCCAUCUCUAUGACCCGGAAGCGUCGUGCGGGAAAGGCGCUCUGGCCCGCGCCGCCUCCGUAACCCAGCGCGCCGCCGGCCUAGGCCGCCGAGGGCUGACGUUGGACAACAAAGAUGGCGGCGGCGGGGGGCAGCAGCAACUACUGGGAGGAUCUGAGGAAGCAAGCCCGGCAGCUGGAGAAUGAGCUGGACCUCAAGCUGGUCUCCUUCAGCAAGCUCUGCACCAGCUACAGCCACAGCAGCUCCCGAGAGGGAAGGCGCGACAGGUAUAGCUCCGACACAACCCCUCUUCUGAAUGGAUCGAGCCAAGACCGAAUGUUCGAAACAAUGGCUGUGGAAAUUGAGCAGCUCUUGGGGAAGCUCACGGGGAUAAAUGACAAAAUGGCCGAGUACACCAACAGCGCCGGAGUCCCAUCCCUCAACGCGGCUCUGAUGCACACCUUGCAGCGGCACAGAGACAUCUUGCAGGACUACACACACGAAUUCCACAAAACCAAAACCAACUUCCUGGCAGUGCGGGAAAGAGAGAAUCUCAUGGGUUCAGUGCGGAAGGAUAUCGAGUCCUACAAAAGCGGGUGUGGCGUCAACAACAGGAGGACAGAGCUUUUCUUAAAGGAACACGAGCACCUUCGGAACUCUGACCGGCUGGUAGAAGAGACAAUAAGCAUUGCCAUGGCAACGAAAGAAAACAUGACCUCUCAACGAGGGAUGAUGAAGUCCAUACAGAGCAAGAUGAACACUUUGGCCAACCGGUUUCCAGCUGUCAACAGCCUGAUCCAGCGGAUCAACUUCCGCAAGCGGCGGGACUCCCUCAUCCUGGGCGGCGUUAUCGGGAUCUGCACCAUCCUCUUGUUACUCUACGCUUUCCAUUGACGGGACGCUUUACACAGAGACUUCUGAGCUUGGGGGGGGGGUCCAUUGCCUAGUCUGGGAGGGACAGGCAGGCAAAGACUGUUGGAGUGCCCCCCCUCUGGUGAAAUCGAAGCCGAGGGUCACGCAGAGAGGAGGGCGGCAUGGGGGGGUCACGCUCCCUCUCUCUGAGGCCGGCCACAACCCCCAGAAGUGUCUCCCCCUUCAUCUCUUUUCAGUUACGGUUGUACUCAAAACAUGUGCAUUAACGCUUCCCUUCUUUUGAAAAACACACACAUAUGCGUAGGCUCAAGGUGAGUUAACCUGCGUGACAACGCUGCCACCUUUAGUGUCACCUAGGACCAUAUUUUGGUGGGGUUGGGACCCGAAAAAGAUCCAUCACCAAUUUUCUCAAACCCACCUGCCCAUAAAAUGUCGAGUCAAGCCUUUCUCAAAUGUUUUGAGAUCUUGAGGUGGCUUCAAGCCAGCAUGUGCUGGUUUUAUUAUGAAUACAGCUUGAAGACAUCUGGUUUCUUUAAAAAAAUAUAUAUAAUAAUUCUAGCCUGGUCCAGCCGUUUGAUUGUUCCUGCGUUACUUUGAGCCGCCGCCUGCCUCUUGGAGAUCCCUGCGAGAGAUCCAGUUGCUUGGCUCCCUUUUCACAGCACACCAAUCUGUGCAUGUUCAGGAGGGAUUCCUGGUGGAUUUAAGGAAGAGGGGAGAUCCUCUGGGGGUGGGGCGAGGGAUAUAAAAUCCCCUUUUUGGAGAAAGGGACUUUUGAGAGCGACCAAAGCCUAUCAUCUUGACUCAUAUCUCUGGCCAGGGCUUCACAUAGGACCCGUUUUUUUAAAAAAAAUAAUCUAUUUUAAUUUAGAUGGAAAGCUAUUCUAAACAUUGUUUUCUACUGUAAUGUAUGUGGCAUUCUUUUUUGGGGGGGCGGGGAGAAGGCGCAGUCAGAGCAUGAGGGGAACACGUAAGGGCCAUCAUGUUUGACGUGGAGAAGGGCUUGUGUGUUGUUGGAAUCUCUCUUCGUAAAACUGUUGAGAUAUAGAUGGCCAUGCUCAUUUUUAAAGGACUUGAGAAAGAGAGAGAGACACGUCCUUUCGGAUCUUGCCACGUCGUGGGGAGGGGUGGGGUUGGCUGCAGAUGCAUUUAUUUUUAUGUCUUUUCUGUCCUCACCGGCAUGAAUCAGUCUUCUCUUCAGAUGUCACCUUCACACACUAGAAAAGAAAUCAGAUUGUGAGCUCUCUUCUCCCGGGCUUCCUAACCUGUCCUAAAGCAGCCUGCUCCUGUUCUAACAACAGACACUGGAUUUCCAGGGGUUUGGGGUUUUUUAAAAAAGAAAAAUAGGUUUAAAAAAUUACCAAAUUGUUGUGGCAGCCUCUCCAGAGUCAGACAAGAGAUCGCCGUUUUCCAUAGAAGCAAAUGCGGAUUCCGUGUUCCGCCCAUUCUUUUAGCGAAAGUGGGGAGUCGGACUAGAGCAGCCUGUGGCAGCCUGGUGCCCUUCCUUCCAGGUGUUCUGGACUAUGACACGCCAUCAAAACAUCUGGAGGCACCAGGUUGGCAAAGGCUGAUCAAGAGACUUUGCAUCAGUCAUUGCUUUAACUUAGAGACUUCCAAGUAACCCAGCAAAGACCAUAUCCCGUGCACCUUGUGCAAAAACCAACAACAUCCAAACCUGAACCAUUGGAAUUAAUACAUGAUCUGUUCAGAUAGACUCAGAAAAUUGCCGUUUUACAGAUGCUCCAAAUUCCUUGAGCUGAUUUAACUGUUGAUGCUGUUUGGGUUUUGAAGGCGUUUUACCGUUAGUGCUGAUUUUCUUAAACAAAAAAAUUACAGUGUUUAUAUCCUUUGCCUACAAGGAAUGGACAGAUGGCUGAUAGUAGGGAAAUAUCUUCGGUUCCAUACAAACUGUUGACUUGGAAAAUGGCGAAGGGGAAGAUUAAAGGGCAAUUAAAUGGAUAUGCUAUCAAAUUUCUGCAACCAGAGUUGGAAAGGAUGACCCCUGGAUUCUCUUUUAUUUUCUUCUGUACUUCUUGGCCACAUGUCGACGGUGGUUGUACUCUGCUGAGAUGGGAAGGACUGGGUUGCUUUCUGUAGCUGGCAAAGUAAUAAGUUAAGCACUAUCCUAAAUAAAAUCCAUUUAUUUAA